AUGAUUGAUUAUUGCCGUCUUCAGUAUGAAGGCAAUCAAUAUCAGGUUGGCAUGAUUGAUGAAUUCGAACGAGAUUAUGAUCUUCAUUCACCUAUCUGGUGGUACACACGAGAUGGAUUUAUUCACAAGAUGCUCAAUAAAGCCCUAUUUCAACAAGACAUUGAUACGAUGUAUGCUAUGCGAGUAUUUAUUAAAGAUCUGCAUUGGCAACUCGUGCAACUCAGCAAUCAAAAUCCGUUACGUGAAAAGAACGAAAUUUUGACGCUUUAUCGUGGACAAAAAAUGAGAAGAAAUCACUUUGAAGAUAUCAAGACAAAUCUUCGUGGUCUUAUUUCAUUCUAUAAUUUUCUUUCAACAAGUGGAGAUCGAGAAGUGGCUUUAUUAUUUGCCGCACAUUUUGAUCAUGCAAAUGAACCAUUAUCAACUGCUAAUGGCAGGUAAUUCAACUAUAGUGAUAGCAAAUAGUGAAUUAGUUGAACAACCAUUUAUACAAUCACAGCUAUGAUCAGUACGUUGGACUUCAAUAUAAGCAUCAUUUAAUGAUAAGAUAUGUGAGAAUUCUAAAUAUUGUUAGAAUAAUUUAAGAAAUUUGUUAAACAUAAAUAUUAUAUCGAUGAAUUAUAGAUUUUUUUUCUUAAUGUAAAAUAAUCUAUUCAAUUCAUUCUUUGCUUUUUUUUCAAAUGUUUAUUAAUAGUGUGAUUAAAUAUACAGUGCACCUCAACAAUAUUUCUCCCUAUGUAUUUCUAACUUUGAACCACUAUAGCUCGGUGUUUUUUAAAUAACGAGUAUACAAUAAGAAAGUACACACUUCACUGCAUCAUAUGGCCGAUUGGAUCAUAAGUAACAAAUGCAAAUCAGACGACAAAAAAUACGUCAGAAGAAAAGAUGAUAUUUUUUUUACGACAAUUUGUAAUACGAGCAAAUCUAAUUUUUAUCUUUCCGUUGUUUUUUUGCAUCAUAUCCCAUAAAAGUUCAAUUGCUGUUUGAAUAUUUAAAAGUUUAUUUAUUGAACUUUUACGGGAUAAGAUGAAAAAAAACAACGGAAAGAUAAAAAUUAGAUGUGUUCGUAUUACAAAUUAUCGUAAAAAAAACAUCAUCUUUUCUUCUGGCGUAUUUUUUUUGGGUGUGGGUGUGGCGUGUGUGGGUGUGACGUAUGUCGGUGUGGGUAUCAGCGUUCUUCCCAAUAUUAUCCGCACCCAUACCGACACCCACACCCACACCC